GGCCUCUUCUGUAUUGCAGCCCCCACCUGGUAUAGAGCGGGCCCGGGACAGACUAUGGCGGGCGGAGCGGCUCCGGUUGUGCUGAGCUCGGUGACCGUGUACUCCCUGGCGGCCUGUGCGGCGCAGCUGGCUGUGGGCUAUGUACUGGCUCAGCGGCUGGGGAGGAGGAGCUCUACGUUGGACAGAUGGGUGCUGGUCUGGCUCUUCUAUGAUGCUAUCGUACAUUUCACACUGGAGGGACCUUUUGUUUACAUGUCUCUAGUGGGAACAGUGGCCACAUCAGAGGGAGCGUUGGCGACACUGUGGAAGGAAUAUGGGAAAGCAGAUGAGCGCUGGCUGCACUCCGACCCCACUAUUGUAUCUCUGGAAAUCCUCACUGUAGUUGUGGACGGUUUGUUGGCUCUAGCAUUGAUUUAUGCCAUUGUGAAGGAUAAGUAUUACAGGCACUUUCUACAAAUCACACUUUGUGUAUGUGAACUGUAUGGAGGAUGGAUGACGUUUUGUCCAGAGUGGCUAACUGGUAGCCCCGGCCUUAACACCUCCAACUGGCUCUAUCUCUGGGUCUACUUGGUGUUCUUCAAUGGUCUAUGGGUACUUAUCCCUGGCCUAUUGCUGUGGCAGUCCUGGCUGGAGCUGAAGAAACUUCAUAGUGGCAAAAGAAACCCUGGAAAGAAGUCUCGAUAA